AUGCUGGUGGCGGAGUACGCGCGAGAUUUGGAUGAAUGCGUAAAUACUUCUAAAACAACACCGGCUUGUUCUGCUGUGAAUCGCGACAAUAAAACUACAUCACGGACAGCUGCACCCCCAGCAGCGGCCUACAAGAUUUUGCUACACCUGGCGCCGAUGUACACUGGCCUACUUGACGCUGCUGCGGCCACGCGGACCAACAUGAACAGCAAUUCAGCUCCUGGCGGAACCGGAACAGCACCGACGGGCAUGCCAUUCCUUCUCCGGGCCUUCGCGAAUUUGCAGUUGAAUACAGCUUCUGACGCUCCGCAUCCGGCUCCCUUGCGUCUCGAGCCGAUAAAUGAUGCGAAAGAACAGCAGAAUUUGAUGUCGUCCACCGCUGCAAGUUCCAGUACUGCCCGUAGUUCUUUUCCGCCGAUCUUCACGAAUGUUGAAACAAGCGACCUCAACGCUGCAGUUUUGGAUUUGAGCGAAAAAACGUUUGUGGCUUCAUCUUCCCCGGCACUCGUUGCGGGAACAUCUGCUGUAGUUCCAGAAGGGGGUGCGAGAAUGACCAUUCCCUUGCUGUCGACAAACUCGCAGCAAGCCGGUGCGUUUUUGGGAAUCGCGCCCGCUGCCUCGUCGGACGCAAAGCCGUGUUCGUUGCUGCGGCCGUGUAAAAAUCCACUUAGUUGCUCUACACCGGAAAUAAACGCAAAGCCAACGCAGCGAGCCGGAGAUGAAACGUGCAUCCUGCUGCUGAAGAACUUUCCGGUUCUGCAGCAACACGACGACCAUUUUGCGGAUGUGUGUGAAGAUCAUGUUGAUGUGCGAGAAAAAACAAAAUCGUCGUCUGUGGUGGCGGGUGCUGCAGAGGUCGUGCAGGCUGGUUGUACAAGCGGGAAAGUGAUGUUGAACCAAGACCAAGAGGACGGUGCUCGUGUGGACGACCAGAGCAGGAUGAACCAGCAGCCAUCCGCCCUGACCCUGGCUUUGCACAGCGAAAGUUUCGGGGACGCCUAUGUAAUGGACAAUUGGUACACGAAUAGCUUCUUGAAGUUGCUCACCUUUCUCUUCUCGCAACUCCCCUUUCCGCCCGAAGAUUUGGACCACGCGGCGGCUGCUCUUGCGGGCGACCAAUCGUCCGCAGAGGCACCUAACCCUGGAAAAAACAGCGGCCGUGCAGCCGAGACCGAUAUAAUGGAAAGUAAGAGCGUGAGCGGGGGCGAACGAGAUAGAAAUCGUUCCCGGGAAGUUGAAGUUCUUGUUGAAGCUGAUGAACAAGCGACAUCGUCCUCAUCUGCGGCUAACGCUGCACGGCAAAAAGGUGUUGAUGUAGAUGUUCCUGAAGAAGAAAUCAACGACAUGUCGCUCACGGGAGACCGGUUUAUGCCAAGUCGCAGGCUGCGAGUGCGAGAAGUGGUCCAACAACAACAUGGAGAUGAACGAAAAAAAGAUCUCGUGCCAUGUGAAAAAGCACAAAAGACCACAUCCCCAACAGUACGCCGCUGCUCCAGAGUAGGCAAACAAGCCAAAGCCGAGAAAAUAAGUGGAAGCCCGAGCAACUGUAGUGCCCUGCGCUGUAGUUCUCCGCCUGUGAGUCCACGACCCCGCGAGCUGUUCGCCAAGCCGGUCGUGUUAUCAAAUGCAAAAAUAUCUGGGUCUGGAAGAAUCUAACUUGUCAUGCGAAAUCUGAAUCAUUCAAAAAUCUGUGUUGCAUGAUUGCCAAAAGCUGGCCACUUUUGACAUAAUCGCGAGGCAGUUUCUCAUGCAGGAUAGGCAUGAUAGAACUCUCACAGAAUCUGUCAUGCUAUGUCCUACAUACGAGACCUCAUGGGUCAUGGAAAACCUGCAUGACAAGUCUGCAUUCUUCCAGACCCAGACACUUUUACACUUGAUACGUGUGUAACCGCCGCAAGUUUUUCAGCGACUCGGAAUACUGGGUCGGGGAGGCGCUGCGGCGGGUCUGUCUUUGCGGCAUUCCGGACUUACUGGACUGCGUGUUCUACCCCCACAUGCGGUUUCUGUACUACGACAAAGUGUCCAGCAGCGUGCCGGCGCACGUCGACCUGUCGAGGACGGAUCAGAACGGGCAGACCAGCACGCACACGUUCAUUUUGUAUCUAAACAGCUGCGGUGGAGAUCGAGAUCAGGAAGAGCAGCGAGGUGAGCAAACGUCGAGUACUUCUUCUGCAGCGUCUUCUGCAAGAACUCUGAGUCAUCUACUUCGUGACAGCCAAGAAGAGGCCCAAGAUUCGACGUCGAGCAAAGAACAACUCAAAGCCUUAACAUCCUCAACCCCACCCCCCGCCGCGCCCGCUGAGCAAUUUUCCACCCCUGCGUACCCGACUAUCCACAGUAAAUUUCCCGUACACGUACAAAUGCAGUCUCUGCAUGACAAAACUUGCCGUCAAUCCUAGUUCAGCAUGACAAGUUGGACUCUGCAAGGUAGCGAAAUUUGUCAUGCAUUUUGUACAUGUACAGGAAAUUUACAUUGCAUACCGACCAAGACUUCGCAACUGACUCAAUUGGUGGACAAUAUAUGCAUUGCAAAAGUAUCGCACUAGUAUAAAUUGCAUUACAAAUUUUAUCAGGAAGGAAAUGAAAAAUGGAAUUUGUAAUGCUAAGCCAGGUAAGAAGGUAGGUUUGUCAUGCAAGAUUGCAAUUAGUACGAGUACAAUACUUUUGCACAGGAUGCAACACGACUGUUCCAAAUUCUCCAAACGGUGGAGAGACCGUGCUUUUGGACCAGUUACCCGGCCCGAAGAACCAGUACCGAAUUCACGUGCAGCACAAAGUGCGGCCCCGGCCGGGCCGGCUGUUUCUCUUUCCUCACGCCUGUCCGCACCAGGGAAACCCGGUGUGGAAGCCCACGAAGCUGCUGCUCCGCGGAGAGGUCAAGUUGAUUUUUCGCGAAAGAACCUCGAAACCGGACGAACAAGGAAAUAAAACUUGUCCAGAACCUGCACCUUGUCCCCGUGCGUCGUGUGGUGCAGCUCCUUCCGUAGAUGAACUGCAAGAAGCAGGCUUUACUGCUUCUCCAGAUGAGAAGACUUCUCUUGAAGACGAAGUCGAGGAAGGGCUUGAGCUGGGGGCCAGCGCUGUAACGCCGAUCGGAAAUUGUUCUAAAAACGAGACAAACAUCAACCACGUCGACCGCCCGGAGGUGGAUCCGGCAAUACGGGACGAGUUGUGCCAGAGACAGCGUAUUGUGAUCGUCACGGAGGCUGUGGAUGUUUAUUCUGCCAUGGCCACGAAAAAUAUCGCUGCUCUUGGAGGCUCGUGAAAAGAAAUCUCGUUCUUGGGCAACGCAAGUAUCACAAACAAGCAAUAAAUGCUCUACCCAUUCUAGUACAGUUCUUGCCGAGCACCAGAAGCAAAGAAGUCGCACUAUG